AUGCGUUUACUUAUUCUAGCAUUUGGUAUAAUCUUUGUACCCAACACUGCCGCCGACGCAGGCGCGAAGGGGCCCGAACCGUGGGGUUACUUCACGAACAAUACCAUCUACCAGCCUAUUGCAUCCGAGUCUAUCACAUAUCCACGGUUUGUCGAGCUGAUGGAUGGCACCAUCAUUGCCACUGCGUCGCUAUCAGGCCACCAACCGGGUUACUUCCCCAUCUUUGAGAGCGAGGAUGGUGGUGCGACCUGGAAAUACAUCUCUAAAUUACAGGAUCAAGUCAAUGGUUGGGGCAUUAGCGCACAGCCUGCACUGGCAGAGCUCACAGAGCCUAUGGGCGAUUACGAAAUCGGAACAAUUUUGGGUGCUGGAAAUAGCUGGAGUAACAAUGGCACGAGAAUCGAUCUAUAUGCUAGUAAAGAUAAAGCAAGGACAUGGGAAUUUGUCAGUCAGAUUGCUCAAGGCGGUCGACCGAACACCACAAAUGGUGCAACUCCUAUCUGGGAGCCCUAUCUCUUGCAAUACGAAGGCGAGUUAAUCGCUUUCUACUCGGACCAACGUGAUCCCAAGCACGGCCAGAAGCUCGCACACCAGACAUCCAGGGAUCUGAAGACAUGGGGUCCUGUCGUCAACGAUGUAGCUUAUGAGGAAUAUCUGGCCCGCCCAGGAAUGACUGUUGUGGAAUACAUACCGCCCCUAAGAAAGUGGAUUCUAGUCCAUGAACUGCCCAUCGGCAAUUCGUCCUCCCAUGGUGUCAACUAUCCAGUCUACUACGUUAUGGCCGACUCGCCUCUUGAAUUCGCCAAAGAGCAAGGUCGUCCGAUUGUCAUCAACAACGUGACGGCACCUAAUGCUAGUCCCUACGUGGCAUGGAGUUCCUUGGGCGGCCCAAACGGCACGAUCGUCGUCUCAGACGCUGAUAGAGCACAGGUGUACACGAAUUCAUUUGGUGGCGAUAUCGAUAAGUGGGAAGAGCAUGGAACACCUGCUGGCGCAGUUUAUUCCAGGGCUAUCCAAAUUUCCAAGAUGUAUCCCAACCGGUUAUCAAUUUAUGGGGGGGAAACCUUUGAUAACAUCGGUAAGAAGCUGUACACACCAUUCUCGAUCACAGUAGUACAAUUAGAUAAGGUGCUCAAGACUCCAGUCAAGUAA